CAUGCUUAAGAACGCUUUCAAUGUUAUUCACUUUGGGUAUGUAGAUGUCAAUGCAUAUCGUCUGGCGUUGCGGAACUCCAUAAAUUGUUAUUAUUUUUUUUCGCUUUGAAUGAUUGGAUAGCGUUUGUUUAUCGUCUGCUCUGCCAUACUGUAUCGUAGCAUUUGCGAAUUUGGCGGGAAAUAUUUAUAGGCCCAUUUGGAUCUUCCAUUAGACAGCUUCUUUUUUGUCUUCUGAAAGCGGUGUCGACAAGAAAUCUUGAAAAAAAUGAGUUGUUUCUUGAAUGGAAGAGUCGCUAUCGUCACAGGAGCCAGUUCUGGAAUAGGUGCGGGCAUCGCGCGCCAUCUUGCCAUCCUAGGCUGUUCGCUGGUACUCGUGGGUCGCAACGAAGAAAACCUCCGACUCGUGCAGGCGGAAUGUGUGGACAGGGGCCUGGAUGAAGACAAGAUUUUAGUGGUAAAAGCAGAUCUGGGGAAUGAGAAGGAUGUGAAAGAAUUGUUAAAAAAGAGCAUCGAGAAAUUCCAGAAAGUCAACAUUUUGGUAAACAGUGCUGGCGUCUUGGCAUAUGGCAGUCUAGAAGAGAUGACGGUGGACCAGUUAGAUUCGCUGGUGGCCGGCAACCUCCGUACUCUUUUCCUGGUUACGAAGCAUUCCACCCCUCAUCUUGCUAAAACAAAAGGAUCUAUCGUUAACAUAUCCAGCACAUCUAGCCGUCGAGCGUCUCCGGGGUUACUUGGCUACGGGAUGACCAAGGCUGCGGUGGACCACUUUACGAAAACAGUUGCAAUUGAGCUUGCUCCGAAGCAGAUUAGAGUCAACGCUGUGAGCCCCGGCCUGACGGUGACUCCCCUCUAUAAGAAGGCUGCCCCCAAUUGGAACCCUACCGACGACAAUUUAGAAGAAGAGGGAAAGCGAUGGCACCCUUUGGGCCGAGCGUGUACCGUUGAGGACAUCGCCCGGUGCGUGGCGUUCCUAGUCUCGGACGAGGCAAGCUUCACGACCGGGCAAAUCAUCCCGGUAGAUGGGGGCCGCCAUGUUGCCCAGUCACUCCGCUGAACAAAUUGGCGUGCUUGUGAUAUUAAUGUCAGUUUGGACUAAAAUCCAACAAACCUAUAUGCAUAGUUUAUAGACCGGAAGUGUGCAGUGAUGGUACAUGUUGUUCUGCAUUGUGGGAUAAUCAUGCACUGCACUGCUUUUCCUCAUUUGUUACGCAACCUAUCCCAGAAUGCAACUUGAGCCACGUAUACUAUUACUGCACACUUCCGGUCUAUCCGUAAAAGGGUAUAAAAUUACGAUAAAGAGAUUUAAUUUCAUCAUUCAGUUUCAAAGGACUUCAAUGCUUGAAGCCUCAUUCUCUGAACAUUUAUAGUUCGGUUUCGGGUUGCUCGCAUUCGAAUGCAUGAAUGCUAUGGUUUACAGACCUCUGAAUUUGGCGGGAAUUUUUAUAUUAGCUGAUUCGUCGAUUUUGAAUUAACCCAUUUCAAUUGGUUGUGACACGUAAUUGCAUGUAUUGCCGUUAACGACAGUCUAGAUUUUUAUCUGAGUAACUACAUGGAUCUAUAAAAAGGAAUUGAAAGUAUGAAAUAAACACCUGCAAAUUGUAUAGCUGUGCUCAUGUGAACGGGAGAUUUCUGAUGAUAAGGACAUGUUGAAUCUGAUGUCUUUCCUCAUUAUAAACCGAUCCUGCUUAUCUGCGGAAGCAGUGACUGAGCAGAUUGAUGUCAUUGCUUCGCUAGGCUGCAAUUAUUCAACGCAUGCACUGACAGUGUUCGCUGAUUACGAAGGCAUUUUGUUUUGGCCACUGUAUCCAGGCCGGCCGCCAUUUUAAAGUCAUGAACAUUUUCUUAGAAUGAUAUUUCAUACACUAUAAUAUAUUGUGGAGUUUGGUGACUAUCUAGACUGAUAGUGUUUUUUUCUCUGUAGCAUAGCUUCAGUUUAUAGCAACAGUUGUCAUAUCGAAAUUUAUUAGCAGCGGAAACUGGAAAAAAAAUAUAAUCUCGAACGGAUUUUGCGA